AUGGAGGAUCCCCAGCCGAAGCCAAGCAUGGCCACCGACAGAAGAACGGCCAGCGCGAUGUACCUGAGGAGACGAGGCCCCUGUGACCGCCUGCACCUGGUGCAUUCGGGUCGUCGUACCAGCGCGUUGACUGGCCCGACCACGGCCGGUGUCGGCGGCUCCGAGCACCGAGCUGAGGGGAUGUUCAACCCCGGGCCGUACUUUGACCAUCCCUCAGCUCGGUGCUCGGAGCCGCCGCACACCGGGCCGUGUCGGGCCAGUCACACGCGCUGGUACUACGACCCUCUGGACAGGAAGUGCUUCCGUUUCACGUACGGCGGCUGUGACGCUAACGGGAACAACUUCAACGACCAGAAGACGUGCAGCGAGACGUGUGACGGAGUGACCAAGAGCGACGUCUUCUUCAGAGGAGUCUUCGAACGUUUCGAUAAACUUGAAGAAAGCGACUCAGGUAACAUCGCGCUGGCCGUUCUUCUGUCGGUGGCCAUCUUGGCUCUGCUGGUGAUCCUCACAUACUGCUUCCUGAAGGCCAGAAAGGAGCGCUCCCAUAGGCCGGUCGCCACAGGCCCCGCCCACGUGGCGCUGUCAGAGCAGGACACGCUCGUCUACAACAGCACCACCAAACCUGUGUGAUGUCACCACCAAACCUGUGUGACGUCACUGCCACACCUGUGUGAUGUCACCGCCGCACCUGUGUGAUGUCACCGCUGACAGACUUGUGUCAUAUUUCUGCUGCCGUGACGUUUCUCCUCUUUUGAUUUUUCUUUUUAAAAAACGUUUGAUGCUAAUUAGCUCCUUGGCUCCACGCGUGAACGUUCAAGAACAAGCGUCGUUGAUUUGAUCAGUGUGUUUUUACAGUGUGUUGGGUUCUUCUGUGUUUCAUAUGUGUGAUGUAUUUAUGAAGUGUUUGGGUCUCAGGUUCACGUCGUCUCAGGUCGUUUGUGUCAUUAAAGCUGAACAAUCAAGCACGCUGUCUU